GGAGGUUCUCCCGGACAUUUCUCCUCAACCAAGCCUCCUUCUCUUCUGUCACCUCUUGCAGCCUCACGGCAGCCCUGUGCUAAGCACUGUGUUCUGCACGUAACGAGCACUCAAUGGAUACCGUCGACGAGGACGAGGUUUGGCACGUAAUGAGCACCCUGCCGACCGCUGCCAACCGGGCCUCUUCAGCGAGUAGCCAGCUGGGCGAGGAGAGGGGGUCGGAUUGUGGGGAGAGAUAAAGCCGGGGAAGCCAGGGAAGAAGAGGGGGGACCCCGUGGGGUUGUGGCAGGGGAGAGUAAACCACGAGUGUCGAGCGAGAGGGUAAGAAGCAGGGAAGGGGUGAGCCAGAUUUGGGAGAGAGAGGUGGGAGAACUCAGGCUGAACGGCAACAACUUAUCCCUCCCCGCCUUAUCCACGCUCAGGGAUGCUUUGGUUCAUUUCACCAUUUGGUUCCCUUCCAAAUUGGAGACCCAGCUGUCAGUGUCUCUGGCAGGGACCUGCCCAGCUCUGAGCAUUCAGUCGGUCAAUUGGAUUUCUUACUGUGAACAGAGCACUGUGGUAAGCGCUCGGGAGAGGACAGUAUAACGGGGGCAUUCCCUGCCCACGAUAAGCUUACGGUCAAGGAGGGGAGACAGACGUCGAUAGAAAUAAAGAAUAGGUGGCUGUCUCCGUGUUCCCAAGGAAGUGUGCAAGUCCAGAGAGGUUAAGUCACUUGGCCAGGGUCGCAGAGCCGGGGGAGGAGCUCCCCGUCGGUCAAACGUCCGUUGGACGUCUCGUAGUCCCGUGACGACCGGGCACGGGGCCAUCGCCCACAGGGAGGGAGGAGAGAGGCGCCGACCGCCUCCCCCUCCCGUCGGCUCCGAGCCCACGGUGUCCGCGAUGACCCCUGACCCCCCCCCGGACCCUGCCCUCCCCCACCCCCGGUACUCCGUGCCUGAGGGCGGGCGGCCCGCCGCCGGGAGAGCCGGCGGCGGCCACGUUGUGCAAGGUUCAAGGUCUGGUUUGAUCCAGGAAGCGCGGCAGGAAGCCGGCCUCGGCCAUCUCCCCCUGCUCCUCGGUGGGGCCCGCCCCGCCCGCGGCCCCAGCAGUCUUCCAGCCGGGCCCGGGGCCUGCCGCUCCAGACAUGGGGGGAUAUCAGUCCCUGGCACUCCCGCCCGUCAGGGGACCCUACGCCGUGGGCUGCGCGGACGUGAUGUCCGGCCAGAGCUGCAAGGGGAGUUUCUUCCGGCUCUUCUACCCCUGCCAAGAGGAGGGCGAGGGGGCCAAGCGGCCCCUGUGGAUGCCUCGCUACGAGUACUGCGUGGGCCUGGCCAAUUACCUGGGCCUCAACGAGCGCUGGGGGAGCAGGCUGCUCAACCUGGCCGUCGGGUACUACCAUCUCCCCGCCAGCUGGAACGGUCCCCUGAAGCCCCGGCCGUCCGGCUACCCGCUGAUCGUCUUCUCCCACGGGCUGGGAGCCUUCAGGACGGUGUACUCCGCCUUCUGUAUGGAGCUGGCUUCCCGGGGCUUCCUGGUGGCGGUGCCGGAACACAGGGACCGGUCGGCCUCGACCACCUACUUCUGUAAGCCGGCGGUGGAGGCGGACCGGGGGAGCGGGCCCCUGCAGGAGGAGUGGAUCCCCUUCCGGAGGGUGGAGGAAGGAGAGGAGUUCCGGGUUCGGAACGCGCAGGUGCACCAGCGGGCCAACGAGUGUGGGCAGGUGCUGAAGCUCCUGCGGGAGGCCCAGGCCGGCCGGGCCGCUGCCAACGUCCUGCCCGACGGCUUUGACCUGUCGUCCCUGAAGGGCAACAUCGAUCUGAACCGGGUGGCGGUGAUGGGGCACUCGUUCGGAGGGGCGACCGCCGUCCUGGCCCUGACCAAAGAGCCUCAGUUCCGGUGUGCUGUGGCCCUGGACGCCUGGAUGUACCCCUUGGAGCACGACAUGUACCCCGCCGCCCGCGGCCCCGUGUUCUUCAUCAACACCGAGAAGUUCCAGACGGCCGACAGCAUCGGCAAGAUGAAGAAGCUCUGCUCCCGCCACGCGCAGACCAAGAUCAUCACCGUCCUCGGUUCGGUUCAUCAGAGUCAAACAGACUUCACUUUCGUGACGGGGAACCUGCUGAGUAAACUCUUCUCCACGCGAGGGAGCCUGGACCCCUACGAGGGGCAGGAGAUCAUCUGUCACGCCAUCCUGGCCUUCCUGCAGAAGCACCUCGAAGCCGGAACUCGCGUCUGGAAAUGCGUUUGGGGAUCUCACCUGACCCCGUGGCCUGACCGCCCCAGGGAGCUGGCGAACAUCUGCCCGAUGGUCAGUCUCUGGAGGCGAGGGGACGGGCCCGCCAGGGCUAGCCGCUCCACCCAGCCUGGAAUUCUGCCUCCGGUGAGAUUUCCCCCCCCCUCCGGAAGGCCUUCCCGCCUGGAAGGGCUGCCCGGGGCAAGGCAACGUGGGAAUGUGGCCGGCCUCAGAGACGGAAUUUUACCUGACUCCCCGACGGACUCCUCCCCGAGAUCCGACAAAGCGGAAACCGUGUGAGAAGCAGCGUGGCCUAGUGGAUAGAGCCCGGGCCU